AUGGGGUCACGUCAAAGGGAAGUAAUCAAGUCAAGCGUAAGCAGCCUGGUCGUAAGAAUAUGUCUUUUCUCUUUCACUGUGUAUGCCUGUCUAUCUUUCUUCUUUCUCUCCAUUUUCCCUCCCUCUCUAUCUCUCUUAAUCUUUCUUCCUUCUUACCUCUCAGUCACUUUACACCCUUCUCAUUUACUCUCUGCCACCUGCACUCUCUACUCACCCUAUUCUCGUUUCCUAAUUCCCUCUUCCACACCUCUGACCCUUUGUUCACCUCCCUCCCUUAAUCCUUCUUUCUGUCUAUGCUUUUCCACCACUACUUCCUCUCCCUCUCUUUCUGUAAGUUUCUGUUGCUUCUCUCUCUCUACCUCUUCCUACCUCUCUCUCUGUAUCAAUGCCUCCCUCAUUCUCUAUCUAGCUAUCCCCUUUUCUUUUUCCUUCCUUUCUUUCUUUUUCCUAUCCCUCUUCUCUCUACCUUGCCAUCUUCCUCUGUCUGUGGGCACGCUGCCACUACCCUUUCUAUGUCUUUUAUCUUUGAUUGUAUAUGCCUGUCUAUCUUUCUUCCUUCUCUCCAUUUUCCCUCUCUCUUUAUCCCCCUUACACUUUCUUCCUUUAUCUCCCUUGCUAUAA